AUGUAUAUAAAGAUGGCCACGUUAGCAAACGGACAGGCUGACAACGCGAGCCUCAGUACCAACGGGCUCGGCAGCAGCCCGGGCAGCGCCGGGCAUAUGAACGGAUUAAGCCACAGCCCGGGGAACCCGUCGACCAUUCCCAUGAAGGACCACGAUGCCAUCAAGCUGUUCAUUGGGCAGAUCCCCCGAAACCUGGAUGAGAAGGACCUCAAGCCCCUCUUCGAGGAGUUCGGCAAGAUCUACGAGCUUACGGUUCUGAAGGACAGGUUCACAGGCAUGCACAAAGGCUGCGCUUUCCUCACCUACUGCGAGCGUGAGUCAGCGCUGAAGGCCCAGAGCGCGCUGCACGAGCAGAAGACCCUCCCCGGGAUGAACCGGCCGAUCCAGGUGAAGCCUGCGGACAGCGAGAGUCGAGGAGGUAGUAGCUGCCUGCGCCAGCCCCCUUCACAUAGAAAACUCUUCGUGGGCAUGCUCAACAAGCAGCAAUCCGAAGACGACGUGCGCCGCCUCUUCGAGGCCUUCGGGAACAUUGAGGAGUGCACUAUCCUGCGCGGGCCCGACGGCAACAGCAAGGGGUGCGCGUUUGUGAAGUACUCCUCCCACGCUGAGGCACAAGCUGCCAUCAAUGCUCUACACGGCAGUCAGACCAUGCCUGGAGCCUCCUCCAGCCUGGUGGUCAAGUUUGCUGACACUGACAAGGAGCGUACGAUGCGACGGAUGCAGCAGAUGGCUGGCCAGAUGGGCAUGUUCAACCCCAUGGCCAUCCCCUUCGGGGCCUACGGGGCCUACGCUCAGGCACUGAUGCAGCAGCAAGCGGCCAUCAUGGCAUCGGUUGCUCAAGGAGGCUACCUGAAUCCCAUGGCUGCCUUCGCUGCCGCCCAGAUGCAGCAGAUGGCGGCCCUCAACAUGAACGGCCUGGCAGCCGCACCUAUGACCCCAACCUCAGGUGGCAGCACUCCUCCAGGCAUCACUGCACCAGCUGUGCCUAGCAUCCCAUCCCCCAUUGGGGUGAAUGGCUUCACCGGCCUCCCCCCACAGGCCAAUGGGCAACCUGCUGCGGAAGCUGUGUUUGCCAACGGCAUCCACCCAUACCCAGCACAGAGCCCCACCGCAGCGGACCCCCUGCAGCAGGCCUACGCUGGAGUGCAGCAGUACGCAGGACCUGCCUACCCUGCUGCCUAUGGUCAGAUAAGCCAGGCCUUUCCCCAGCCACCGCCAAUGAUUCCCCAGCAACAGAGAGAAGGGCCCGAGGGCUGUAACCUGCUCAUCUACCAUCUGCCCCAGGAGUUUGGGGACGCUGAGCUGAUGCAGAUGUUCCUCCCUUUCGGUAAUGUCAUCUCCUCGAAAGUGUUUGUGGAUCGGGCGACUAACCAAAGUAAAUGCUUUGGCCGGCACCCCGUGCCCUCCCGCUGCCAGGCCCCCUCCUGUCAGGGAGGACAGUGUGCAAUAAGCUCCUCCGCCCGCAGGCUUCGUGAGCUUCGACAACCCGGCCAGCGCGCAGACCGCCAUCCAGGCCAUGAACGGCUUUCAGAUAGGCAUGAAGAGGCUCAAGGUGCAGCUGAAGCGGCCCAAAGACGCCAAUCGCCCUUACUGAACGCCGGCGGGAGCGUCCCCCGGGGGAGACCAGGACUCGCACAGGGCAGGAUGCUGAACGGGCUACAUUAAAAACAAACCUCUUUCUCUCUCUAUUUAUAAAUGAGAACUGUUGGAUGACACCUUUGACAUAUCAGCCAAUACCAAUCAAGCUGAAGACUCCAGACACUCUGUGUGACUGUAACAUUUCUUGAAGGAAAGUAUAGCGUCUAUGGAGUGCAGAGGGCACGUGUUUGGGGAAAAAUACACAAGACAUAAAGAUGACGACGACAAAGAAAAAUGAGAUAAAACAAACAAACAAAAUCCCGCAACUUUGAAACAAAACAACGUGAGCCCAGAUGAGGAGCUGAAGGGCUGGGCACUGGAAGAGCCACUGCUGCUGCCAACCGAUUCCGGGGCUUUUCCAGCCCGUGGGCGCCUGAGGCAGGCAGAGGCAAGCGUGCAGCGGGGCCUGGUCCCCAGCAGGUGGCUAGGAGGCCGCCACUGAGCAUCUCUGUCAUUCCUUUAGCUAUUUAGGGACCAAAGGACCAAACUUUUUAUUGCAGAUGUGUAGCUCUGUCAAUUAGAGGUGGAAUGGAGGCCAAACUCCUUCCUGCCUCCUGGCUGUUCUUGAAACAGCUUUAGAGCGAUUCUAUGAAAAAUGUAAUAAAAAAAUAAAAAAUAAUAAAAAAAUUUAAAAAUGAACAAAAAAACAGGAAAAAAUAAUGCUUCAACGCUUUUAAAACAGCAAGAUACUAGUUCUUUGAUACUUUGAGAGGCGCUUUGAUUACCCCCAUUGAAGUCUCUGAAACUUUCCUAUGGUUUUCUGUAUUAUAUGUCUGGAUGGAGCUGUUAAGAUAAACAUAUUGGUGGAUAUUUGGGGAAAGCAACAAAGAUAGUAAAUCAUUAUCGAUGAAGAGUGAGAACACGUGGGGAACCAAGGGGCUUCGAAGGCAAGGUAAUUGUUGUGAAAAGUCUGUAAAUGCUUCUAACUCUUCCCCCCUCUUAAAACCAUAAUAGUUGUACAGAAUUUUAAAAGGAAAAGUUUAAAAUACCUAUAUCAUAGAAGAAAAAAAUUAGAGGAAAGCAAAAAAAUAAAAAAUAAAAAAAGGAAAAAAAAACCUUAUAGAAGUUAGCGUUAUGCUAAAAUCCCAGAUGUUGUAGGACUGUACUUCUGUAGAGUUUAGACUGAGCAUCGAUCCCGUCUCCCCGCGAGUGCUGUCGGACUCGGUCCCCAGGGGCCAGGCCGGACUGUCCAGACCUGCGGGCUCCAGCCGGAAGCGCCCCUCCGCUAGGAAGCGCCUCUCCGGAAGCGUCCUGCCGCCUCUCGCUUCGCCCGCCCGCCAGCCCGCCCGGGAGCCGCGCGCGUGCGCGCUCUCCGCCCUCCUCACCUCUGCUUCACUCGCCUUCUGUGCUUGUUCCGGAGACUUUCCAGGUCAGGGAGAACUGGGAACUUUCAUCUUCAAACAACUAGACAACACACACACACACAAAACCUUAAACAAGAGAGAGAAAAACAAACAAUCUUUGAAGAAUUUCUGAAACUGUUUACAAGGAAUUUUGAAAAACAGGGAUGUUUAAAUGAUGCCGGCUCUGUUUUUCUGUAAAUAAAUUUGCAUAUUUUGUAGGACUUUUAAUUGUAAUGAUAGAGAAAAAACAAGGAAACUAUUUAAUGAAAGCACGAUAUUUAUCUUUGGUAAAUGACUUUAGAGCAGUUAAAGACAUUGCUUAAAAAACUCAGAAUCAGAAAAAACACUGAAUUAUUUAAGAACACAUAUAUUUUAAAGUAUAACAUAUUUAUUAUAAUUUAUUUGCACCCUUGGGAAGACUUGCUUUGCAUUCUGCUUCAAGAGCUUCUCAUUGAUGUCCAUCUGGAGGCCAGAGGGCUCUCGGAACUACCAUUUUUUUUUUCUUUAGAACGACAAAAUUCUGGUUGCUCUCAGGCCUCCUCCCUUUUCUUUCUGUCUGUUCUGUUGUUGUUUUACUUCAUUUAGUUUUCUUUUUCUUUCUCUUGACUCCUUUUAGGAUGUCCAGAUGUUGUAAAAAAAUCAGCUGCAGUUCGGUACAACUGCUCUUUUCACACUGACUCCCGA